UAUAGUCGAUAAACAGUUGGGUCACCUGAGUUGGCUGAUUCUAUUUGAUCAGCUGUUGAGUCCAUUUGUCAAUAUCAAAUAAUUUAUUUUAAUUUGUCUGUAUUUACCUGAAUCUCAUUAUAUAUCAUGAUAUGGCCUUAAUCACAAUAAGAGGAUUCUUCAUUGGAAUCCUGAGUGUAACCUCCUUUGCUUUACUUAUUUUUCUUUAUAUUUCACCGCCAAUCCGACUAGAACGUCAUUCACCAAUCAUUCAAACAUCGCCAAGAACACCAAGAAAAACUGUGAUUAAUGAAGGAAAUGAGUCCAUCAAAGCGGAUCUGGAGAGGAGAUCAAAUUUGAUCAACGAUGAUCCAAUAGAUGAUGUAGUUCCCAAAAAAGUUAUUCCAAAAGUGGCUACUCAAUCGUUCAUGUCAAUGGAUUUAUCUGUGAAUGAAACGAACUUCUUGAAAUUACAUAUUUUAAAUAGUGAAGCUGAUCGUGAAUUGAAGAAAGAGGGGCUUAAAAAAUAUGCAUUCAAUUCUUUAAUCAGCGAUAAAAUCGGCGAAUUUCGUGACAUUCCUGAUACUCGUCACCAACUUUGUGCAAAUCAGACUUAUCAGACAGGUCUUCCACGCAGCUCAGUUAUUUUUUGUUUCUUCAAUGAGGCUUAUUCAGCACUCGUGCGGAGCGUGGCAAGUGUUUUGCAACGCACUCAAUCAGAGCUAAUCCAGGAAAUCAUUCUGGUAGACGAUUUUAGUGAUGAUGAAAAAUUCAUCGAGAAACUCGAGAAAAAAUUUGCAUCACAUGGAAACUUAUUUAAAUUUUUAAGAACGCCGGAGAGAGCUGGCUUAAUCCGAGCGAGGAUAUAUGGAUCCAAAUAUGCAUCAGGUGAUAUUUUGGUUUUUCUCGAUAGUCAUAUUGAAGUCAACGUAGACUGGCUCAGACCUUUGGUGCAAAGAAUUUACGAGGACAGAAAAGUCGUUGCAGUCCCAAUUAUCGAUGUAAUAAGUCAUCACACUUUUGAAUACACAGCAUCACCAUUGGUCCGAGGUGGUUUUAAUUGGGGAUUACACUUUAGAUGGGACUCGAUUCCUAGAAAUUUACUGAAAGAUAGUGAAGAUUAUGUAAAACCUAUUCCCACACCAACUAUGGCCGGAGGACUAUUUGCAAUGGAUCGACAAUAUUUCAAAGAGCUUGGUGAAUAUGAUCCUGGAAUGGAUAUUUGGGGAGGAGAAAAUCUUGAAAUAUCAUUCAGGGUCUGGAUGUGUGGUGGGUCCAUUGAAAUAAUACCCUGCUCGAGAGUGGGACAUGUUUUCAGGCAACGUAGGCCUUAUGGCUCACCAACUGGGGAAGAUACCUUAACCAAAAACUCUCUUCGAGAUGUUUGGAUGGAUGAUUAUAAGAAAUAUUACUAUGAAUUGAACAAAAAUGCAAAAGAAAUCGAUUAUGGAAAUAUUACCGACCGAAUCUCAUUACGGGAAAAAUUACAUUGUAAAUCCUUUGAAUGGUACCUGAAAAACAUUUAUCCUGAAUUAAAGCUUCCAGAGCAAGAUAAAAAGGAGGAUAAAAGUAAAAAGAAAUUAGAAAACCUGGAAAAAAAGUACAGUCAUUUGAAAGGUGUCUACAAUCUAGUCCGACGAACGUCUAAAAUUAAGGGAAUUUACCAAAUCAGUCUAUCUGGUUCCGAUUUGUGCAUUGAGUCUGAAAAGGCUGUUACUGUAAAGAAAACUCGGCUCAUAUUGAGAAAAUGUCAAGAAAGUAAAAGACAGAUUUGGUAUGAAAGUGAAAAGAAAGAGCUUCGACUGGCAAACAGAUUGUGUCUUGAUACUGAUGGAGAUACCACGUUUUUGGCCAAAUGCCAUGAACAUGGCGAAACACAGGAAUGGCAUCACUCUUCAAAGGAUAAUACUCCGUUUUAUAAUAUUGCUGUUGGUUCCUGUCUUGGUGUUCACAAAGCAACUGUCGACCAACCCAUAAUCAUGACAAUUUGUAAUAAUAAUGAAUCUCGUAAAUGGAAUCUCAUCGCAAUGUUUACCAACUAACCUAACAUAAUCUGAUUUAUUAUUUAUUAAUAUUUUAUACAAAAAAAAAUCCUGUUAUCUGUGAUAAUUUGUUUUCUAUCGUUAAAAAACUAUCGAUUUUAUUAAAUUUUAAUAAUUAAAUGUA